AUGGCCGUCACUAUCCAGAGCAGCGAUGAAUGGACCAGCAACUUGGAAAGCGAAGAAGGCGAAGAAAGCCAGGUAGACUACCCCGAAGAUACAGAAAUUAAAAAGAAAAUCGACAAGGCGCUACAUUCCAUCGAUUCCAAAGGGGAUUUUGCUUCCUUUCACUCCAUAAAUCGAGAAUUAAAUCCAAAUCUUCAUAUCAAUGGACUCGGCCGUGUUGUCAAUCUUCCGUUAUCCCCUGAGGAUGCUAAAUCAAUUAUCGAUGUUUGCCACAGAAGCCCAUUUGGAAAGGGCACGGAAACUCUAGUGGAUACCUCUGUUCGAAAAUGCUGGGAGUUAAAUGCUGCUGAUUUUGAGCUCAAAGCUCCGGGUUGGGGUAACUAUAUGAAGAAAGUAAUUGCCGAUGUCAGUAAGGGGCUUGGGAUUGCCGACAAGGCGAGUUCCAUCAGGGCAGAUCCUUAUAAACUUCUUCUCUAUGAAGAAGGGGCAUUCUUUCUAUCGCAUCAGGACUCUCCAAAGACCGAUGGUAUGUUCGCAACCUUGAUCGUGUGUCUGCCGACAGAACACGAAGGAGGUGAAAUAGUCCUCAACCAUGAUAGCAGAAGCCUCAUUUUCAAGUCCUCCACAACAUCAAGGGCGGGUUUCUCAUAUGCGGUGUGGUAUUCAGAUGUCUUCCACGAGAUUAGGCCUAUCACGGCAGGACAUCGCCUAGUCCUUACCUACAACUUGAUACACGACGGCACAAGUAAUGUACCGACAGCGCCGACUUCGAAGGCUACGCCUUUAUCAAUCGCGAUGCAACUAUGGAAAUCCAGGAUUGAAAAAGACGCUGGCCCGAGCCUCCUCCUGUACAAACUUUCUCAUAUGUACACUGACUCUAGCCUCAGCUUCCAGCGGUUGAAGGGGAGAGACCAUCAACGUAUGGUUGAACUCCAGAUGAUAUGCCAAGACUCGGACUUCGCCCUUUAUUUAGGAAACGUUGAACGGAGGGUUUAUGGCGGCUGCGAUGACUAUCCCGGCAAUAACGGGUACUACGAAAUUGAAGACCUUUGCGAUGAUGACUCGAGUUUAAAAAAGGUGGUUGACGCUGAAGGAAAUAUCGUUGGUACCGGACUCACGAUUGAGCCUCUCGAUUUUGUUCAACGUCGCGUAUUAGAUGGUAAGCCCACAGAAGAGGACUACUCGGGCUAUACAGGGAAUGAGGGAACCUCGGUGACUCAUUUCUAUCGAAAAACAGUUGCUGUUAUUGUGCCCGGGAGCUUAGAUGUUGAUUUUCGUUUUCGUGGCAUGACCCCUCGAAAUGAGGCCGACCUAGCAGCCUGGUUGAACAAAUUGCUUCCUCUGAUAAGUGAUCCUGAGGAUUCAAAAUCACGGGAAGACUUUACGAGGAUCGCGAAACUCACUUUCAACCACAAUGAGGUUUACAAGAAGUAUGAAGCGAUUAAGGGAUGGUCGCGGCCCAGACAGUAUUGGGAUAAAUUCUCCGACUCCAUUAUCAGUCUUAUUGCCAAGGGCCUCUACACGAUUAAAGACCUGAAAAUGUUUGAGGAAUCAAUCCGACUACAUUCAAGCUUUGUAGACCCGGUCCUCUACCCUUGCAUUGCAGAAGCUUUGGCUGAUCGCGAAUAUCCAGCCGUCAAGAAGGCAAUUGAGGCAAUUUUGGCUAAAACUGAGCCACGGCCAAGUAAACAAGUUAUUACAGUCGAUGGGCUUGUUUCAGCCUGUCUGGCUCUUCCAGAUGAUAAGCGACCAGUCGAAUGGGAUGAUUUAAUGAAAUGGAGAAAGGCAAGAUUGCUUUCUAUUCUACCGUGGUUUCAUGGCGGUGAUAAAUCUGGGGGAGAAUGUCUUAUCCGCAUCGCUGAGUUAUACCCGGAGAUGGAAAUCCUGGAAAAAACAAUGGAGUCGAGGAGAAUGGGAAGAGUUUCUGGUGUCAUUGCAUCCUAUCUCGCCCAAUUGGGUGAAUCUUUCACAACAGGAAAACUUGCCAUCGAGGGCUUCCCUGCCUUCUACGAAUCAGCUCUUGCAAACCUAAUGACAGACUUUGAGCUGGCCCAAAGUACCUUGGAGAAUUACGACGUAUCCUCCAGGCCGCUCAGAAAAAACCUCGAUCUAGGGCCUUUGGUCGUUGAUAGCAGUGAUUUGAUCAAAAUCUACAGGCAGUGCCAAACUCUCGGCAUUCCCCCUGCUAGACUUUAUGCUGGUAUCCACAAGUCCUUAGUGGAUUGCCAGGCAAUCAACGUAGCCUUUACCUCAAUAUUGGUUCCUUUUCUCCGAGAUAUAGUGUCACAUCCACUAAUCGAUGAAGGCCAAGCUCCUGAGACUAGGUUCGUUCUUAAGUUGCUAUUGGAAUAUGUUUUGAUGUAUGUUCAACCAAGAGCUCGAGCAGCGGCAAGUUGGGAACGCCCAGUAAAGUCGAGUUGCGGAUGCAAGGACUGCAAUGAUUUGAACGCCUUCCUCAAAAGCCCAGUUCAACAAUCAGCAGAUUUUCCAAUGGCCAAGCCGCGUCGCGCACAUAUACACUCGAAACUCGACGGGGAUGCAAGUAUCAGUCAUGAAACUCGACGACAGGGCAGCCCGUAUACAUUGGUGGUGACCAAGAUAGGGAAUCCUGCCACUCUAUGGAAGAACAGGGCUGUUAUAGCCGUAAGGAAUAUCAACCGCAUUGGUUCUGCCGCCGAAAUGGAGGCCUACCUCGGAUCUAGCGCAUAUAAAUCGCUAAUAGAUCUCGAUAUUGUGGUCAAGGGUGGUUCUGUGAGUGACUAUAUCGGAAAUGAAGAGAUUGGUGGAAGAAAACGAGCUGCAACUUCUGAAUUAAACCGCACGGAGAACCGAAGCGGCCGGGAGAUCGAGGUGAUUGAUCUGACCAAAUAG